AUGGAUGCACAUAGCAUCAAAGGGUAUACCCUAGAACAGGGGCCCUCACCCCCAAGGGGGGCCCCUGGUGGGGCCCCCGGGGGGCCCCCAGGUGCCUCCCAUGCUGCUGGUAAUGAUGUCUUCUCUGCUCAAUGUUUCAUGCCAAUUCAGCUGCUGCAGCAGCAGCAGCUACUGCAGCUGCAGCAGCAGCUGCAGCAGCAGCAGCAACAACAUGCACCUCAGCAGCAGCACCAGCAGGACGCAUCAUUAGGCCCUCUACGACAGCAGCAGCUGCUGCAGCAACAUUUGCUGCAGCAGCAACUGCUGCAGCAGCAACUGCUGCAGCAGCAGCAACAACAAACUCACGCACACUCACCAUCGCAUCAACAGCAAACAAAUAAUGCACAGCAACAGCUGCUGCUGCAGCUUCAGCAGCUGCAGCAGCAGCAGCAACAACUGCAGCAGCAGCAACUGCAGCAACAGCAACAGCUGCAGGAGCUGCAGCCACAACAGGCUCAGAAAGAGCAGCAAGAGCAGCAACAACGGGGGGGUCAUUUGCAGGCCUCCGAUCGGCAGCAGCAGCAGCUACUGCAGCAACUGCAGCAGCAGCAGCAGCAGCAGGAUCAGCAGCAGAAGAGGAGUAGCAGAACAAGGAAGCCGCAGCAAAAGAGGCAGCAGCAGCAACCGCAAGAAAGCAUAUACAAGAGGACAUACUCUGGUAACAACAGACGGGCAAGAGCAGCAGGAGAAGCAGCAGCAGCAGCUGCAGCAGCAGCUGCAGCGGCUAACGAAGCAGCAGCAGCAGCAACAGGAAGCGAUGCAUCCUUUGGAGCAGCAGCAGCAGCAGCAGCAGGGGAGCCACCAAUGGGCAGCUGCAGCAAUACAAAUCCAUCAGGCCUCCUUCGUGGUUCUGCUGCUGAUCAUGCAGCAGCAGCAGCAUCAACAGCAGCAGCAGCAGCAGGAUGUCCUCCACAUACACACGAUGCAGCAGCAGUAGCAGCAGCAGCAGCAGCAGCAGCAGCAGCAGAUGGCAGCACACAUGAGGGAGAUGCUGCUUCUUUAUCUUUGCUGCAGCAGUUACCUGUUGGUGAUGAAACAGGAGCAGGAGGACCAUCAUCAUCAGCAACAGCAGCAGCAGCAGCAGCAGCAACAGCAGCAGCAGCAGCAGCAGCAGCAGCAGUACCACAGUGGCGGCUGCGGCCCGUAAGGAAGCGCAGCUGCAUGCGUUUGCUGCCAUUAGCAGAAAGAAAGGAAUGGGAUGCCCCUGAGCUUAGACAAUAUCUAAGAGAGCGGGACGUGAGGGCAUACGCCCUAUGGCAGCAAGCGGUGCAGCGGGUGUUGGAUGAAGGAGGGAGAGAAGCAGCAGCAGCAGCAGCAGCAGCAGCAGCAACGGGGCAGCUAAAUGUUCUUAGCAACAAAAAAAGCAAAAAGAGCAGCAAAGAAUCCCUGCUCGAACCCCCUAAAAGGUUGCUGCGUCAUGAGCCUUUUGAUGAGCAACUGGCGCUGCAGCACUACCAGCUGCUGCAGCAGCAGCAGCAGCAGCAACAGCAGCACGAAGAAGAGCUACCCGCAGUAAAGUCUGAGGGCAGCAGCAGCAGCAGCAGCAACAACAACAACAACAACAACAACAACAACAACAACAACAACAGUAGCAGCAGCAGCAGCAACACAGUACCAAAUGAUGAGGGAAACAAUAACAAAGUUGCUGCUCCUGCUGCUGCAGCAACAUCUACAGCAGCAGCAGCAACAGAUGCAGCAGCAACAGGAACAGCAGCAGCACCAGCAGCAACAGCAGCAACAGCAACACCCCGCGGCUUCGUGGAUGCAACAAAAGAAGAAGACGACGACGCUCCAGAUCAGCCCACAUAUGGUAUGGAGCCAUACGAUUCAACAUUAGAAGAACAAGAAGAAGCAAAAUUGCCGGAUGUUUUCCCCUCGGGAAUACAAAGAAGAAAAGAUGAUGCAUCUGUUGAUCCAAAAGUAAAUUAUCAUAUGUUUUUGCUGCUCCGUUUUUUGGAUUUAUUUGCGCCACACAUUGGAUUAGAGGAUUGGUCUUUUCAGGCUGUCUUUGAUCUAGUCACACAAAGAGAGGAUCCAGCGGAGGGAACAUUAGAGAUCGUUGCAGACACUCUUGACCAGCUGAAGGCACUCGCGGAGGCAGAGGAGGCAAAGGACCCCCCUGAUGAAUUUUUUCCCACUCUGCUGAAGGAGAAACACAGCGAAUUAGAAGCAGCAGCAGCAGCAGCUGCUGCUGCUGCUGCUGCUCGCCAGGAGCUCGAGCAGCAGCAGAGGCUGCUGCGGCAGCAGCAAGAGCUGCAAAAUCCAAAGGGUGAAGACACGGAUGGCGGACAGCCAGAAAAUGCUGCAGAUGCAAACCACAGCGAUGCACCUAUAGAGCAACAAAUGGAGGCUAGUGGCCCUCCGGGCGAUGACGGCAGCGCAGCAGAUGGGGCUGCCUCUGCUGCAGCAGCAGCAGCAGCAGCAGCACAGCAGCAGCUGCUGCUGCGCUCUCGUCUGUGCAGCAGCCCUCCCUCUGUUUCCCCUCUUAUAUCCUUCUCCCCUCCGCUGCAGCAGCAGCAAAAGUGUGGGGGAUUUGGUGGUGGUGCUGCUGCUUCUCCUCUUAUGUCAUCAGCAGCAGCACCAGGUGCAUUAGUUGCUUUGCUGCACCUCGCGCUAACAACACUGCCGCAGCAGCAGCAGCAGCAGCGGCAGCAGCAGCAGGCAGCUUUGAUGGCAGAAAAGGAAGAGCUGCAGCAGCAGCAGCAGCAGCAGAAGGGAGAGGAAGACAGCUUGGAGCCGCGACAGCAGCAACAACAACAGCACCAACCUCCGCAGCAACCUCCGCAGCAGCAACAGCAGCAGCAGGCACCGAGUCGGCAAUUCACUGCAGCAGAAGCAGCAGAACUGCAGCAGCAUGCAGGCGUACUCCUUGAUGUGCAGCAAUCGCUGCUGCUGCUCAAGACACUAGAUGAGGCGCAGCAGCGGCUGCAGCAAAAUGAGAAGGAGCAGCAGCAACAGGAGAACCAGCAGCAGCAGCAGCAGCAGCAGCAGCAACCGGAGCCAAAAGACGAGGAGGAAGAUGAGCUUCGCGUACAGGCGGUAAUGGAGUUUUAUGGUUUGCUGCGGGAUAAAUGGAAGGAUGCAGCAGAGGCAGCAGCAGCAGCAGCAGCAGCAACAGUAGGACCUCAGCUGCUGCAGGAAGCAGAUAAGACUUAUAGUCUUUUUUGUACUGCACCUCCAGCUGCCUCGCAGCAGCAGCAGCAGCAGCAGGCGGAGGAACCGCAACAAGAGGGCGAGCAGAAGAGGGAAAAGCAGGAGCAACAAGAGCAGGGGGACACACAGCAGCAGCAGCAGCAGCAGCAGCAGCAGCAGCAGCAGCAGCAGCAGCAGACUGCUGCAUCUUUUGACGAAGCUCCGACGCUUUCUCUAUCGCCAGAAGCAGCAGCAGCAGCAGCAGAUUGA